AUGUGUCGGAGGAUCCCACGACGGGCGACGACCAAGAUUCGACGACCUUCAAAGCUAGAGUUUGGCAUAAUUUAUGUCAGCGAACAAAAAGGAUCCACAACCCCCCAAAGCGGUGCAAAUGAGGUGGAUGUGUUCGAAAAUUUCUGUAAGAUUUACAAGGCCAAAGUCGGAAAACCUUUUGGCAAUGAGGAGUUUUGGGGAGUUGUGAAGGGGAAACCAAAAUGGCAUAAUCUAAGAAGUGUUGAUGAUUACGCAGGUGCUUCCAAACGAAGCAAAACUACUAAUACCACUCACAGUAACUCUUCUGAUGCACAUAUUGGAGGGAUUGACCUCAACAACAAUGAUCAUGGGAUGUUAGGAAAUUUAUAUUGCAUGCAUUGGAAAUGGAGUAUGUGUCCUAAUGCAUAUCAUGGACAAUACACAAAGGGCAAUUAUAAUUAUCCUACGGUCGUCUUUGGAGCUGUAGCCUGA